GAGAGUUCGAGAGCUUCUUCACCAAGUGGUGAAAAAUCCGAACCAAGGAUACCUACCGAACCUACCGAUAUCUCAAAAUAUAUUCGAAAAACAUCUUGCGAUCUUGGUAACUGUAUCUGUGGUGCAACUGAGACUUCACCAGCAGAAUUCGUCCCCAACGAGAGAGCAGAGAACAUGUCUGAAAGGAAAAGACAAGGUCGGUCAAAUCCACGUCCCCGUCAGAGCAGCGAGUCGGAGGUUAGUGAAGACUCAAGUUUGGAAGAGGACGAGGACGACGGAAAAAUCUCAGUGAAGGUCAAGCCCUGCACUUACGACUUUUGGACAAGAACUAGAAAGGAGAAGGGUCCGUACAGGAUGCGCCGUCGUCCACGGGGGUACGCCUUGAUUCUGAGUAACACGAAGUUCGAUAACUCACCCAAUCGAAAAGGCGGAGAGGCCGAUUUGAGCAACAUGAUAGCCUUGUUCGAGGGCCUGUCAUUCGAAACCUACAUCUUGCCGAAUAUGAAUGCACGGACAAUGAAAAGGAAAAUUUCGAAGUUUUCUAAGCGCAAGGACCAUGAACAAAUGGACUGUUGUGUCGUGGUGCUGAUGUCACACGGGCACAAGGGCGUCAUAUCGGGAACAGACAACAAACCUGUCAACCUGGAGGACAUCUUUAAAAUGUUUGACAAUGAGAACUGCCCUCUUCUCAAGGGGAAACCAAAACUGUUCUUCAUACAAGCCUGCCGUGGAGGAAAGGUGGACAAAGGUGUAGCAGCACCUGAAGAUGAAGAUGACUCAGCGACUGCCGAUCUUCAAGCCCUGAUGGAGAAGCUGCUGCACCAGCCUGCUGCAUCCGAUGAGGACGAAGCAGACGAGACAAGGCCAAGAGUGAUCCCUACCAGGACUGACAUGCUCUGUUGCUAUCCAACACAGUUCGGGCAUAAAGCCUUCAGGGGCACAAAGAGUGGCAGUUGGUUCAUUCGGAUCAUCACCGAAGUCUUCAUGGAAGACGCUAAGGACAGCAGUCUGUAUGAAAUGAUGACAAGGGUGAACAACAGAGUUUGUAAACAAACAGCAUCGUCCUCAUCCAACCCUAGCAUUCACGGGGGCAAGGCAGUGGCCGAGUUUUUCUCCAGUUUACGCAAGGAGCUUUACUUCUUUCCUGGCGCACCAUUUCCGAAAAAGCCCAAGUCAUCUGAAACGACUGCAGGUGGGUAGCGUUUACACAUUUGCUAACAGUUCUACUAUCUUUAUCAUCCGUGCAAAAUCUACCAAAGAUCAUGUGUUGCAGAAUGAUGUGAUUAUGUUGAUAGAACACUGGCA